CGCCGCGUAAAUUUGUCACUGGCAUUGAAAGCUGUGUCUAUGAUACAGCAACAAGCGGACUGCUCGGAAUAAUAUUUCUGUAUCUUGCACUAAACACAAACGAUAAAACAAAAUAUGGCAGACGCAAAAGUAGACGCCGGUUCUGAGAUCUCGGCCAAGGACCUCAAAAAGAAGCUUGCAGAGGAGACGGAGAAUGGAAAGGAUGCCCCUGCUAAUGGAAAAGCAGAGAAUGAGGAGAACGGGGAGCCAGAAAUAGAAGAUGAAGAUGAUGAUGAAGUGGAAGAGGAUGAUGAUGAUGACGAUGGAGAAGGCGAUGAUGACGAUGACGAAGACGAAACUGAGGGUGGCACAAAAAGGGCUGCUGAGGAUGAUGACGACGACGAAGAUGAGGAUGACGUUGAAACGAAGAAACAGAAAACCAACGACGACGAUUAAGGCGCUUUCGUCUUGCGGAGCCCCUUUUAAACCUUUCCCCUGUCCAAAUCCUCUUUCAGCAGUGGAGGGAUGCGUGGUCAUCAUCAGUAGAGUUCAACGUCCGUGUUCACACACCCAACUGCAAAUUUUUAAAGACUCAAACAAGACUUCAAGGCUAUACCUUCUCAACAAAAUACUUUAAAAGGAGAAUUUGUUCGUAUUUUUAUUUACAUUUUAUAUUUUUGUAUAUAUUGUUAGGAGGUCAACUGUUUUUGACAGUGAUCUCUGUUGAUCAAACGGUGCUUUGGAGUUGAUGCUUCUCUAUAAAAUAGAUUUACUUCUUUGACCAUGUCACAUUAUUUCAACAGCAACCUUGUAUAAAAUCUAGUUUAAUUCAGAGCAUUCCAGUAAAUUGGUUUAUGUACUUUAGUUGUACCAUAUGUUGUUGGUUUGUAUGGGAUGGCAAGGCCAAAGAAAAGGGUUUGUUUUUGUCUACAAAAUUGUUUGUGGCCUGUUUAUAUGUGAAGUUUGUUGUCCAACAAUAAACCGGAAUUUUAUUUUGUGA